AUGGGAUUAACAUGGCGUUUACGUUUAUCAUAUGCAAUUGGACAUGUUUUAAAUGAUUUAUGCGCAUCCGUAUGGUUUACAUAUACUUUGGUAUUUUUUAAAUUUGGUAUUGGUAUACCAACAAGUAUGGCUGGUUUAAUAAUACUCGUUGGUCAAUUAGUUGACGGUUUAAUGACACCAGUAAUUGGUCUACUUUCGGACAGAUUCUCAUCUCAGUCAUCUAUACCAUUGUUAAUACCUUCUUCUUCUUCCCACUCUUUAUCGGCAUCAUCAUCAGUUACACAUAAUAAUGUUAGUUAUCGUUUGCAUGAUUCUAAUGAACAUUUAGCAAAUCAUAAUAGAAAAUACAUGUCUACAUACUCUUCCGAUGUUGUUCACUCUACUGAUAAUAAUAAUAAUAAUGAUAAUAAUAAUAAUAAUAAUAAUAAUAAUAAUAAUUCGUCUUUUUUCCAACGAAUCAACUCUAUUUUAAGAAGAUUUCAACCAUUUGGUCGUAAAAUAUGGCAUCUUUGCGGAAGUAUAUUAAUUAUUUUUUCAUUUCCUUUAAUAUUCGGUCCACCACUUGGUUCAUCCAAUAUUAGUACACUGGCAAAAAUGAUUUAUUAUUUACCAUUAGUGGCAAUUUUUCAAGCUGGAUGGGCUGCAGUUCAAAUUACUCACCUGGCAUUAAUCAAUGAAUUAUCUAUGGAAUCUAGUGAACGUACUUUACUGACUUCCUUACGUUAUUUAUUUACAGUUCUUAGUAAUCUACUUGUUUAUAUUAGUACAUUUCUUCUUUUACAACAUCAACAUCAUGUUGAUAAUAAUAAUAAUAAUAAUAAUAAUAAUAAUAAUGAUAAUAAUAAUAUUCGUAAUGAUACUAAUAUUAGAGACUCAAUGAGUGAUAUGCUACCAUUGAGAAAAUUGCUUAAUUACAAUGAAGUUGAAUAUAUGAUGUUACCUAUGGUAAUGACUUCACAUCCAUUAUCGAAAUGUUCAAAUAAUUCAAUAUCUUCACCGUCAAUUAUUGAUUUUGGUAAAGAUGAUAUACCAGCUUUUCAAAAGUUAGCUUUUACAAUUAUUGGUGUUGGAGGAUUAACAAUGUUAUUAUUUCAUUUUGGAGUAAGAAAGAAAGAUUUUAUUCCCAAUGUAAGAACUGUAACUAUUGUGGAUAUUCCUAAUCCUGAAUCUGUCAAUCAGAUAAAACAUCCUGCUUAUAUAAUUACUACAUGGAAAGAUUGGUUACGUUUACCAUUAUUUUGGAUUCUUGGUUUUUUCUACAUGUUUGUUAGAUUAAUUGUCAAUGUAUCACAGGCUUAUUUAACAAUUUACCUUUUACAUUCAUUACGUUUACCUAAAAUUACAAUGGCUUUGGUCCCUUUAACAGUGUAUUUGACAAGUAUUGCUACUACUAUUGUACAAAAACCAAUACAAGAUCGUAUCAGUCGUGAAACAAAUUCUGGAAUUGGAUUAAUAUUUAUUACAAUAUUUUGUAUAUUAGUUAAUUAUCCUGGUAAUCCACCAAUAAUUUAUCGUAUUUAUAUUGCUGCUGGUAUACUUGGUAUUGGUUGUACUAUUAUAUUAAUUACAUCAUUAGCAAUGGUAUCUGAUUUAAUAGCAAAAAAUCAACAACAUGGUGCAUUUGUUUAUGGUUAUAUGUCAUUUACAGAUAAAUUAGCUAAUGGUAUUGUAAUACAAAUUAUUGAAUUAUUAUGGAAUGAAUGUUCAUCAUUAACAUAUUAUCAAAAUGUUGAAUCAUAUGGUAUUGGUACAUUUGUUCUAUGUCAAUUUAUAUUUUUAUGUAUUUAUAAAUGGCAAAAAAAUGUAUAUAGUUCUAAUGAGAAUUUAGUUCAUCAACAUGUAUAA